AUGGACAUCAUAUCCGUUAACAAAGGCGAGAGCAAUGGUGAUGUGCAUUCUCGCGAGGCGGCGCCACAGCCGGAGAUCACAGAUGCCAGGCUCAUCAAGGUCACUGUUUCGAGAUUCUGGCUCCUCAGCAUUGGUGUGUACCUGGGGCUCUUUCUUUCCAUGAUGGAUGCCUCAAUAGUGUCAACCGCACUACACUCAAUAUCUCUAGAGUUCAAUGUUCUCGUAUCCGUGAACUGGGUUGCCCUCGCAUAUACCCUAGCGGAAUGUAGCUGUGGCGUCAUCUUUGCCAGGGUAUCAGACGUCAUUGGCAGGAAGAGUGCCUUCUUGGCUGCCAAUGUUAUGUUCUUUGGGUUCUCUAUGGGAUGUGCUUUUUCCCGGAGUCUUGGCCAACUGGUUGCCUUUCGGGCACUUCAAGGAGUCGGUGGAGCUGGGUUAUACUCUCUCUCUUUGGUCAUACUGCCCGAAGUAUGCCCAGAACAUCUCACGGAGAUUGGAGCUGGGCUUUGUGGAGGUAUUGUUGUCGUCGCUUUCACGGUUGGCCCAAUUCUUGGGGGCAUUCUCACUCAAUAUUGUUCUUGGAGAUGGAUAUUCUGGAUCAAUGGUCCAAUUUGUGCUGUGUCAACUGCCAUGCUCCUCUUGUUCUGGCCGAAAGCAGAAGAUACUAUAAGUCCAUCAAGACGGCGAUGGCAGUCCUUUGAUCUUUUCGGUUCCAUCCUGGUUAUCUCGUCAUGUGUUCUAAUUGUCUUUGCGUUUCAGAAUGUUGGUGUGUCCCUUAGAAGCAUCUGGGCCGAUGCCGUAUUUGUUGCACCAGUUGCCAUUGGAUUGGUAUCCAUGAUUUGUCUAUUCUCGUGGACAUACUUGGUUGAGUUUGGAGCUCUGUCACAUCACAAAAUCAUUGCGGCCUUCCCCGUAUCCCUAUUCAAGUCUCGCUCCUACACCUCUGGCGUCAUCACCACGCUACUUUUGGGAUUUCCAGUGCUCCUCACCUUGUUCUCGGUGCCGCUUCGGGCUCAGAUAGUCAGUGAGAAGGAUCCCUUGACAGCCUCAUUGGCCUUGCUCCCCAUGCUGGGAGCAAGUGCUGUGGGCUGUGUUCUUGCUGUGUUAUUCAACUUCAGGAAGGCAUUUCCCUGUGAAUCUAUGACCGCAGGCGCCAUCCUAUCAGUUGUGGGAUGUGCCUUGCUCACAACCGUUCACUCUUCAGAUGACGAUACGAAGUUGCUGGCAUAUCUUGCGGUGCUUGGCCUCGGCACUGGACUGGCCGUUACGGUUGCCACGUUGCAAACCGCACUUGUAAUUCCCCCAAGGAAUCACGCCCCAGCACAAGGAAUCGUAUCACAAGCCCGAGUUCUGGGGGGUAGUUUUGGCAUUGCCAUGUCGUCGGUUCUUUUGCAUAACGAAAUCACACGAGUGAUUUCUGGGUCACUCACUCCAGAACUGGGGUCCAUGCUUGGAGAAGUUGAAGCUAAGCUUCCGCCUGAACUGCGAGUGAUGAUCAAGCAAUCUUGUGCCAGGACGUUUCGGCAAGGCAUGCUUGUUGCGGCCAUCAUCUCUGGUGUAGCAGUGUUGACGGCGGCCACGGGCUACAGUAAUUUUCACCCAAAUCCUAGACAAUAUCGAAUCGAGAUGGUACGAGCGGAUGCUUUUGAGAGGCAGAAUGGGAUACAGGAAUAA